GUUUGAGCGUAUUAGACACAGUAAUUUCUUAUCUAGCAGCAUCUGUGGUGCCGGAUUAAGAAAAAUAACAAAACAUUUUCUUUUGCCUAUUCUCGCACUUUUCAAUUGCUUAUAUUUUAGCAACCGCUUUACAAAAAAUCUUGAAAAUUUAUACACUAUCUAAGAAAACAAUUUUCUUUCGAAGAAAAUUACUUCGGAUGUAGCAAUGAAUAUUAUCGAAAGUAAAAUUUAAUUAUCCUCACCAUGUACUGUACUAUAUUUGGUAAGGGUGCUUAUCUCCCAACAUUUUUAAAAUUCACUAUACUUCUCGCCUCUUAGACCCGAUAAACAUAACCAAAUGUAGAAUUUAAUCAAGAUUUGUGUGUGUGUAAAUGCACUUUAGUAUAUAAUAGGGGUAUCCCCACCCCAUCAUCCAUAAUGACCAAUAUCUCGAAACCCCAAUCUUAAAAAAACAAAACCAAUUAAAGCGUUAAAGUACAUUUACGGAUACUAAUUACGUCAAAAAAUAUUAUUGUUAGGUAAACGUAUUGUUUACAAUAAUCAAUUUAAUUGUACAGAUCAAAACAAUUUAAAAGCUAUUGUUUACGAUAAAUUCUUGCAUUUUAACAACUAGAGAACGUUCAAAAUGCUUUUUAAAGGGAUAUUUACUAUCGUCUGUCUAAUAGUAAUAACUGGAUACGGUUUGAAAUCUCUUAUUAUUCGCAGUGAACCUGCCUGCGCAAGAAUAUUUGAAAGAGGCAGAGUGGGAUUUUGGGGUUGCCUCAAACUUAAAGUCGAAAACUACUUCGAGGGAACAUUUUGUUCUGAUGACAACGAUUCGUGGCUGUCUUGCUUGAUAACCUAUGAUUUCAACAAGCGAGAAUGUAAUUUAAUAAAUGAAUUUAUGCAAGAUUAUUUCCCCGAUGAACGUACCUUCAUGCAAACUAUAUACGACCGUUUAUGUUGUAAAAAAAGAAAAUCUGAAUGGGGAUUACGUGCAAUUUUCGAGUAUUUUGGCAAUCUUCCCUUCGAUGUCCAGAAAUCCACUCGUUAUUCAAUCUCAAAACGUAUAUCUGGUAUUAUAUGCCCGAUAAUUGGCGGUAUACCUUUUAAUGGGUAUGCAUUUUUGGGUACAAUAGCCGGAAUUCUCUUGUUGCUCAUUGCGAAAUUCAUUCAUCGAUGGUGGUGUUGGAAAAAGUCUCUGAAAAGAAAGCGAAAACUAUACGCAUAUUGAUCCGAAUCAAUAAUAUUUAAUGUAAUAUGAACCCAGUUCAGAAUUAAAAAAACAAAGAGUUUUUUUAAAUAAAAAAAAAUUAUUUUAUUAUGGAAAUAAAGA